AUGGAUGAAAAAAAUUAUACCACGGUGAAGGAGUUCAUACUUUUAGGAUUUACGACAGACCCGUGUUUACAGAGAGUUCUCUUUUAUAUCUUCCUCAUCAUAUAUAUCAGCAGUCUUUUAGGGAACAUCACCCUGAUUUCUCUGAUCUGUGCUGAUUCUCGGCUCCACACACCCAUGUAUUUCUUCAUUGGGAAUCUUUCGUACCUGGAUCUCUGGUAUGCUUCCGUCUAUGCCCCCCAAAUCCUAAUGACCUGCAUCUCUGACGACAAGCGCAUCUCUUUUGCUGGCUGCCUAGCUCAGUUCUUCUUCUCCGCUGGACUGGCCUACAGCGAGUGUUACCUGUUGGCUGCCAUGGCUUAUGACCGCUAUGUGGCCGUCUCUAACCCGCUGCUUUACUCCCAGGCCAUGUCCCCAAAUUUAUGUGUCAGUCUUCUUGCAGCUUCCUACUUUAGUGGCUUUGUGAACUCAACCAUCAUCACCAGUGAGACAUUUACCUUGAGCUUCUGCAGGAACAACAUCAUUGAUGAUUUCUUCUGUGACCUGCCCCCCCUUGUCAAGUUGGCCUGUGAUGUGAAGGAAAGCUACCAGUCUGUGCUGUAUUUCAUACUUGCCUCCAACGUCAUCACUCCUGCUGUGCUUAUCCUUGCCUCCUAUUUCUUCAUCAUUGCUGCCCUCUUGAAGAUCCGCUCCACCCAAGGCCGCUUGAAGGCCUUCUCCACCAGUGGCUCUCACCUGACAGCUGUCACCUUGUACUGUGGGUCAAUUCUCUUCAUUUACUCCCGGCCAAGCACGAGCUAUGCCCUGGAGAGGGAUAAAGUGGUGUCUGUGUUCUACACAGUGGUGAUUCCCUUGUUGAAUCCCUUGAUCUAUAGCUUAAGAAAUAAAGAUGUUAAAGAUGCCUUGAGGAAAAUGUUAGAUAGAGCAAAGUUUCUUUAGCAAAGGCUUUGUAAACAGUAGAUAUAAUGGUUA